AUGGAGCUGGAGCUGCCCAAUGGCCCGGUGAAGCGAGAAAUGGUUGUGCAUGAAGCAGCCGUCCGAGGAGGAGGAGGAGGAGGACAUGGCGGCGACAUGAGGAUGAGGAUGGAUGUUACCGUGAGGAUCAACGCCGACAUGUUUCACUGCCCCAUCUGCUUCCGCCCCUUCAAGCCUCCCGUCUUCCAGUGCGAAGGCGGGCACUUGGCUUGCGGCAGCUGCGUCGUGGAGCUCCCCUGGCAACAGUGCGGCAAAUGCGAGCACGGCGGCGACUUCCACGCCUGCCCCUUGCUCGACACCUUCGUCUCCUCGGCCAGCGUCCAGUGCGACCACCACGGCUGCGGGCGCUACGUCACCUACCACGAGGCCGGCCAGCACCGGAGCGCGUGCCCGCACGCGCCCUGCUCCUGCGCGCUGCCCGGCUGCGGCUUCCUCGGCCCGCCGCCGGCGCUCCUCCUUCACCUCAACGCGCUGCACUCAGUGCCCGUGCACGACGUCCCGUACAGCAAAGCGCUCCUGCUGCAGGUACAGGCGUCGCCGGAGCCGCGGCACCUUCUUCGCGGGGAGGAGGACGGCCGCGCGUUCCUCCUGGUCGCCGGCGCGCACGGUCCGGGAGCCGCGGUCACGGUGUCUGUCGUGUGCAUCAGAGCGGCCGCGUCCCCGUCGCCGCGCUACUCGGUCAAGCUGUGGGCCAACGGGCCACCGCCGCCGGCCAACCGCAAGAUGGACACCAUCUGGGCGGACUUUGAGGCGACGAGCAGCACGUCGCCGGGCACCGUCGCCCUGGAGGAGCUGACGUCUUUCUUGACGGUACCACCGCGGUAUCUACAUGGGGCUGGGGCGUCCAAGGAGUUGCCUCUCCACGUUCGCAUCGACAAGAUCACCUCCUGA